AUGCGGAAUGAGCAGGAUGUUGAAGCUGUUCUCCUCUCAGCCUGCACCUCCCGUGGUGCUCAUGCCCAGGCAUACCCCAUCAUUGCUGGAGCCGGUCCCAACGCCUCUACUUUGCAUUACGAGGCCAACAACCAGUCUCUGGAAGGAAAGCAGGUCAUUGUCGUCGAUGCUGGCUGUGAGUGGCAAUGCUACGCCAGCGAUAUCACUCGGACACUUCCCCUCACCGGUACCUUCACCAAAGAGGGUGCUGCUAUCCAUGCUAUCGUCCAGCGUAUGCAAGAUGAAUGUAUAGCGCGGAUCCGCCCUGGCUGCAUCUUCUAUGAGCUUCAUCUGCACGCCAGCGACGUGGCCAUUCAGGGGCUGCGAAAAUUGGGCAUCCUGCGAGGCAACUUUGAUGAGAUUCAAAAGGCUGGCACCGUCGCUGCUUUCUUUCCUCACGGCCUGGGUCAUCACGUUGGCUUGGAGGUUCACGACGUGACGGGCGCUGAACGUCUCUUGAUGAGAGACAACUUCCACAUCGAGGGUGGAAAGCGUGAGAUGGUUACGGCCACAGCCCUGGUCGCUCUGCAGCGAAUGGUAGCUGCGCCGCCACCUUAUAAGGGACGACAGGCUCUUCGACCCAACAUGAUUGUUACGGUUGAGCCUGGAAUCUACUUCUGCCGACCUUUCAUCGAGGGAUACUUCCUCAACAACUCGGCACACGCCAAGUUUAUCGACCGCAAUGUCCUCGAAGCCUAUUAUCCCGUUGGGGGCGUUCGUAUUGAGGAUGAUAUCCUUGUCACAUCUGAUGGACAUGAGAACCUCUCCGCUGGCGCACCCAAAGGUGAUGAGCUGCUGGAUGUGAUAAACGGUAGCUUUGAGAAGAUUUGA